AUGGCCAAUGUGAACCCCGUCAACCCGAAGCCAUUCUUGCAAGAGCUCACGGGCAAGCCUGUGUUUGUUCGUUUAAAGUGGGGACUGGAAUACAAAGGCUUCCUCGUCAGCACUGACGGGUUUAUGAACCUCCAACUUGCGAAUACGGAAGGAAUUCCAAGAUGGCCAAUCGAAUGGGACUCUUGGAGAGGUCUUCAUACGAUGUAA